AUGUCAUCAACCUCUUCUCCCGAUUCCAAUGGUACCUCGUUUCCAGGUUCUCACAUUCCCCGCCCUUCUGAAGAUACCGACAUGGAAUCUGUUCCCGAAAAUACCACAUACAAUACUGCAGGAAUUGACACCCCCUCAAAUUCCCCAAACCCAAUUGUCCAGCGUCAAAUACAAUCAUUUCUUCAGCGAAGAGCUAUCGAGCGAGCUGAAAAUCCCGAUUUGGUUGAACCCCGAUCUGAUCGCGCAAUGAAUACUACAGUUUAUUCUACUGGUUUCUCUGCUUCAUCUAGUUCUUGCAGACGACGACAGCUGCUAGAUAACAAUUCUUUAUCCCCUACGGGGUAUGGAAUGAAUUCAUCACAUGAUGUUACCAUGAGUUUUCGCCUCCCCACGUUAGCUGAGGAAACACAAGCAGUCGCCAUCCCAGGAAUGGAUACCCUCUCAUUUGAUGAUGCCAUGGAUACUCAGCCCCCCACGAUAUCUGAGGUAGUACAUGCCGUCACCGGACUCGAUUCAAGCAGCAGAAUUCGAGCAAGCAGACUACCUCGAAGACACCGGAUUCCGGCAAAUUCCUCUCGUAUACAGGGGAUCACCAGAAGGAACCGUAGUUCUCGAAGAAACGCCAUGGACGCACUACCGGGUCGUCCCGCCUCAACUUCCCUUCGAGACUUUGGAAACAUGAUACGUUCAAUCGAGCCUGCAAGUAAUCAGGAUGCAGAUGCGGAUGAUGAGGCGGUAGAUAUGGGUCCACAUCUACCCGAUCCAGCUAUGAAUCUGGAUACCUUUACCGCGAGGAGAAAUGUGCGUAGCCGAAGCACAUUAUCCAAUGUCAUGUCUACAGGCGAUCUGGAAUAUGAAAAUCGAGAAAGUGAUAAUGCCGUGACGAUGAAUUCGAGUUACAGUACCGCAACACGUUCUGGUAAUGUGCGACCAAGAGGCUAUGAGAAUCCCACAGAUCAACACAGAAGAAAUGCACUUGCUACUUUCACAACACCUGCAAAUUUAGAGUCGCCUUCGGUUGCAUCGACAUCCACAUCUACAUUUACAUCCACAUCCAACAGUACGACAGAACCACAAAACCAAUCUCAGGCAACCGGAACCGGAAACGGAAACACGACACAGGAUGUGGAGACGAUGAGAGAAGCGGGCGUGGACGAUAUACCGAUUGCGAAAUUGUCGAUUGGGGGAUCGUUCCGGAGAUAG